UCUCUCGCUGUGUCUGUCCAUCCAUCCAUCCAUCAAGUGACAAAACUCCGCCACUCAUCCAACCGCUCUACACAGCACUCACACACGCACUACUACAGCCUUCAGAGGGUCAUCUCUGCUGCCGGCACCUGGCCCACCGGCACCGUCGCGACGCCGAUGUAGCCUUCUCCGUGAUGCAGACGCGCCGACGACACUGGCAGAGGCGACACACAACUGACAGACAACAAGACAGACACCACACACAAGACACACACACACACAAGCUGUCUCUUUCAGCUUCCUUUUUUACGUGCGACGUUCCACCGACCGCAUUUGGUUCUGAGCCAUGUGUAUCUGAGCAUGGCCUGGCCGGUGGCCGGCGAAGCGCGUGAUGGACCGGGGCAGAGCCUGUGGGCCGAUCUGACCUACAGAUGCAGUGGCUGCUGGUGCUGCCGCUGCCGGAGCCGGGGAGCUGCCUCGGUAUGCACCACCUGCAGCACCGACAGGAAAGGAGGGCGGCAUGGGCAGUAAGUUGGUCGUGCGGAGGACGUUCCACGUCGCAUACGACCCACCCUGGCAAAGCACACAUAAAGCGACAGUGCAGAGUAUUCAUUCGUUCUCGUGCCGUCUCACGUGUUGUUGCUGCAUCGAAGCCUGGCCCCCUUGCCCGCCCUGCGACCCCUGAGACAUCCACCACGCCGUAGGCGGCAGACCCUCACUCUGCUGCUGCUGCUGAUGGCGCUGGUGGUGAUGAUGCUGAUGGUGGGGAAGGUGCCCGCUCAAAGGCGGUGGCGAGAGCACUGCGCCCCGACCCCCGCCAAUCCCGCCAACCUUGGGCGCCACGACGAGCGGCCCCUGGAUCUUCAUCUGCUCGGCAAAUCGCCCCAUGAGGCCUGCAUCGGCAUGCGAGGCGCCUUUCGGUGCUUUUGGUGUGGGGGCGAGUAUGGCGCCUGACGGUUUGUCCAUGCGGCAGAGGUCGUGCAUGUACUGCUUGUACUUCUCGGGGAUCAGCGGCACCUUCUGCAGUGCAGUGCAGUGGGAAGGGGUGGAUGGGAUGCAAGGAACCAAAUCGCAUCAGCGCUGUGUGGGUGUGGGUGUCGUUCCCGCAGCUCCCCGACUUACCUGCAGCAGCCGCCUCGCCCGGCGCCUCUUCUCUUGCUCGUCGCUCGUCCCUCUCCUGCGAUCCUCACGACCACUGACACACACAUACCCAGACAGCAAACCGAAGAGGAGACACAGACUCUCCAAUGCAGUAUAGCCUCCUUUUCCCGCUCGUGGCGCGCACCUCUCCUCUUCAGCAUCGUCCUCCCUGUCGCUAGGUCCGGCCGACCCGCUCGAGUGGCUGCCGACCUUCAGGUGCUCCGGGAUGGCGUCCAUCGUCUCGAGCGAUGCGUCACGAAGCCACGGAUGGUUCAGGGCAGCUUGCACACUCCUGCAAGGCAGCCACACACACACACACACACACACACAGACUGCCCGCCUCCCAGUGGAAUUGUGUGCUGGUGUUUACAUCCUCUGUUGGGGCUGCACUUGAAGUAGCCGCAUGAUGAAGUCUGGCCCAAAAAGAGGAAGAAGGAGAACAGGACGGCGCAGAGAGUGGUGGCGGCCCACUGGGUGCGGUUGGGGUGGUGGGCGUUGCUGUGUGUGUGUGUGUGUGUGUACCCUUCGCGGCCGGGCUGAGACGGUCUUGCACGCCCAGAGCCUCAAACACGCGCUCAUGGCGGCCUGCAGCCAUACACACAGACACGCGCACACACACACAGUCCAUCUCAACUACUUCCGAUCUCUCCCGUGUCUGUGUAUGUGACCUCUGCAGAGCUCGAACCACCUCCAGUCAUCCUCGGGAUGAUCAGUGGGAUGAGCGUUCUGACAGGGGAGAGAAGAAGACAAGAAACAUCGGUACACGUGUUGUCUUAUGCUUUACGUGUAUGCGCCAGUGUGUGUGGUCUCUUUGUCUGUCUGUCUGUCUUUGUGUACAUCGAGGAGUUCGGUUCCGAAGAGGAGGUAGAAGGCCGACCAGCCGAGACACCAGCUGUCCACACGACUGGCGAAGUACGGACGCCCCUGCACACCACCACACACACAGACAUGCAUGACGCACACGUGCUUGGUGUGGGGAUGGCAAGACCGACCUCGUAGUGCACUUCGGGCGGUCUGAACUUCUUGCCGAUGUAGCCCCGGUAGUCGACAGGCACCUCAACGCCGUUCGGAGCCAUCAAAAAGACCACAGCCUGACCCACACACCGCAUCCAUUACACACAGCACACAGCACGCCAAUAGCACCGUGCUUGAUCAGGCGUACCUGUCCGGGGUCGCAGAUGCGCACGUGGUACUUGCCAUCGGGCGUGAGGAAUAGCAGACAGUUCUCCAGGCUAAAAUCUUGCAUCGCCAAACCUGAUGCAGCAGUGCAGGACCAACAGACAGACACAUGGUGAGUGAAUGCAGUGUGUGGAGGAGCGAGCGUGUGUGCGCGUUGCGUUGUGCGUGCCCUGUGAGUGCAGGAAAGCGAGCCCCUCAGCGGCCUGUCGGAGGAACGUGCGGGCGUGCUCCUCCCGCAGAUCGCCCCGAUGCUUCCUCAACUGCACCAUCAGUGGCAGCCACACACACACACACACACACAGAGUCAGUUCGUCUUUGUGGGUUCGUUCGUUCGUACGGCUGACCAGUUCGACAAGGUCCUCUCCCGUGGCAAGGUCACUCACCACGAAAUGGCACUUCUCGUCCUCAAACACCUCGCUGACGGCACGUAUGACAUGACAGAGACAUACACGCCGUGUACCACCCCGUUUAUUAUGUGUCGUGUGGCUGCUGGUCUGAUCCACCCCUCCCCAACCCCCUCCCCGACCCCCUCAUCGACGCACCGGAUGGACAUGACGUGUGGGUGUCCCUGGAGCAGGUGCGCGAAGAACACCUCGGCCAAGGGGGUCUCGGGCAGCUGCCGGUUCUUCUCCUGCCUGCCUAUCAGGUCCUGCACACCACACACAGCCAUGACAUGACCACGAUCUGGUGCCUGCUACGGUGGUGCCUUUGGUGGUCAGACUUGCCGACCUUGUGGAGGACUUUGAUGGCCACAUCGUCGCUCGUGACGUUGCCGACGCCCUGACACACCUUCCCAUACAAAGACGACUGCACGCACACACACACUCCGCCGGUAAGACGCAUCAAUCGCAGAAACACAUGCCAUCGGCCGCACCACACACUGCAAACGCCGUUUCUGGCAGACCCACCUGGAGGAUCUUCUUGAUGGUGUAUUCCUCUAUCUGGCCACGGAUCACCCUCUCAAGCAGAUUCUUCUCCUUGAGCUCCUCAGGCUCCUCCUCCUCAAUAGCCACCAACUCUGACAAGAAUUUAUGAGUCAGUCACAAAAUGCAGUGGCCGCAUAGCGUCCGCCAUUCCUGCGAGGUUCUCUGCCUUACCAGGCAUUGGCACGUUGCCGCCAUGGGCAUGGUAACCAUCAAACGGGGGGCCGCCUAUCAUCAUGCUGUCACUGCGGCAUGCGAUGAUGAGUCCGGCCUAUGCAAGUUUCCCCGGGGAGCCUUGUCCGAG